CAACUCCUGGAUGAUUACCCAAAAUGUUUCAUUGUGGGAGCAGACAAUGUGGGAUCCAAGCAGAUGCAGCAAAUCCGUAUGUCUCUGCGUGGGAAGGCUGUUGUGCUGAUGGGGAAGAAUACGAUGAUGCGCAAAGCUAUUCGUGGUCAUCUGGAGAAUAACCCUGCCUUAGAAAAGCUGCUGCCUCACAUCCGUGGGAAUGUGGGCUUUGUCUUCACCAAGGAGGAUCUGACUGAGAUCCGUGACAUGCUGCUGGCUAACAAGGUGCCAGCAGCUGCCCGUGCCGGUGCUAUUGCUCCUUGUGACGUGACUGUGCCGGCCCAGAACACUGGUCUUGGACCUGAGAAGACCUCCUUUUUCCAGGCCUUGGGCAUCACCACAAAGAUUUCCAGAGGGACCAUUGAAAUUCUGAGUGAUGUGCAGCUCAUCAAGACUGGAGACAAAGUGGGUGAGCUGCUGAACAUGCUGAACAUCUCCCCCUUCUCUUUCGGGUUGGUGAUCCAGCAGGUCUUUGACAAUGGCAGCAUUUACAAUCCCGAAGUGCUGGACAUCACCGAGGAGACCUUGCAUAAGCGCUUCCUGGAAGGUGUUCGUAAUGUUGCCAGCGUCUGUCUGCAAAUUGGGUACCCGACCAUUGCUUCUGUGCCCCACUCCAUCGUUAAUGGGUACAAGCGGGUCCUCGCUGUGGCAGUGGAGACCGACUACACCUUCCCGCUGGCUGAAAAGGUGAAGGCCUUCCUGGCAGACCCCU